AUGGCAACACUUACAGCAGCAUCCGAUGCCAACAAGGCCAAGGUGACAGCCGAGAAGGUUGCUGAAGUCGUUUCGGACAUUGGCUUGAACUUACCGCACCUGGAUCAAUGGCACGAGAUCAUCGCAUCAGUACAGGAGUCCAUUGAUAUUGUGGAGUCAAUGCCUGACUACUUUCCAGUGGUGGACUUGGAGAAAUAUCCUCGCCGGAAUGUUCAUCGACCGUCGCAAGAAAAGAACGAAGGCAAUGCCUGGGCCUGGAAGGCGACAAUUGAAGGCGAAAAGGGAGGGCCUCUGUCCGGCGUCACUAUUUGUCUGAAAGACAACAUUGCAGUGAAAGAUGUUCCGAUGCUGCUAGGCACGGACAUUUUCACCGACUACACACCCAAGACUGAUGCAACCUUGAAUGCGAAUGUACUUCAAGUCAUUGCUGGACGAGAUGACAUUGACGAUAGACAAUACGCGGCACCUCUGCCAGCCCAAUUGCCUGACUACUCGGCAUCCCUUGGCAAAGGCGUCAAGGGACUGAAGGUUGGAAUCCUUAGGGAAGGGUUCGACUUCGCGGUCAUUGAUCCCCGUGUGAAGGCCAAAGUUCUUGAGGCAGCAGAGCGUUUUAAGUCCCUCGGCGCGGAAGUGAAGGAAGUUAGCGUGCCACUUCACACUCUUGCCGGCCAUAUCGUCAACUCGAUGAAUUUGUACCGCCGUCUUCGAGAUGAGUACGAUGCUGUUCUCAAGGAUGUCGACGUUCUCAUUACUCCCACAAAUCCUUACGUUGCAAACAAGCACGCUGCACCUAAUGCCGGACCUCUCGAGCAGAUGAACAAGAGCAGGGGUGUAGCAGUAAACACUGUAUGUUUCAAUGCUAGCGGACACCCAGCUAUGUCUCUCCCUGUUGGAUUCUUGCCAGCAGAAGAUGACGAGACAAUCAAGUUGCCUGUAGGUAUGCAAAUAGUUGGAGGGAUGUUCCAGGAAGAAAUGAUUUACCGCGUUGGCGCAGCUUGGGAAGGAGCAUUUGACUGGGAAGAACUAUAA